AUGUUGGGUUCCAUUUAUCUCGCCCUCGCGGCAUCUUUGGCCGUCUCGCAUGCCCUUCCGGGUGCUUCGGCAGCCCACAAGACUUGUUCGGACCCAUGGGCAAGAGUUUCCCCUGCCAAAGGCGCGGUGGUGGUUGAUAACAGUGCCAAACCAUACCCAGGGUCCUUUUCGACCGUACAGGCUGGUGUUGAUGCUCUGAACACAACCACUACCACUCCACAGUCACUCUUUGUCUUCCCGGGAACCUACGUCGAGCAAGUUUAUAUUCCACGUCUUGCAUCCAACUUGACUGUCCAAGGAUAUACCUGUAACUCCAAGGGAUACGAGGACAAUACGGCCACGAUCACCUAUAAUCUGGCCCUCAUAAAUACUACUAGUGAUGACAAGACUGCAACCUUGCGUCAAUGGAACCCCAACACCAAAGUGUACAACUUGAACAUUGUCAACACCUUUGGCCAUAUUCCCAAGAAUGGUCAAAACCUUGCCGUCUCUGCAGAGACCACUGGCCAGGGUUACUACGGCUGCCAGCUGAUUGGUUAUCAGGAUACCCUGCUUGCUGAAACUGGCUCCCAGCUCUACGCCAAAAGUCUGAUCGUCGGCGCAGUCGACUUCAUUUUUGGACAGACUGCUCUGGCAUGGCUCGAGGGCAUUGACAUUCGCACCAUUGCUACUGGAUGCAUCACUGCUUCGGGCCGUAGCAGCGCCAGCAACCCGUCAUGGUACGUGAUCAGCCGUUCGAACGUUGCGGGCAUCAACGACACCAUCCCGGCGGGUACCAACGACCUUGGUCGUCCUUGGGGAUCCUUUGCUCGUGUGGUCUUCCAGGAGACCUAUCUGGGUAAUAUCAUCGCCGCCGCAGGCUGGAAGGAGUGGUCUACAACCACCCCAAACACUGGCAAUGUUACUUUCGCCGAAUACAACAAUUACGGCCCUGGAUCGGUGCAGGAGGAAGGGCCCCGAGCGAAUUUCAGCGAGCAGUUGACUGCGCCUAUUUCUAUUCAGUCUAUUCUGGGUGAGAACUUCAAGAAUGAAUGGUGGAUUGACACCAGCUAUCUUGACCCGAGUGACUUGAAAGUUACCAAGACCCAUACUACGACCUCCGUGGAAUCUACGUCCACUACGAAGACUAGUGUAUCGAACGCAAGCACCACUGUAGCAUCGGUUACCACAGUCUCGACUACCACAGUCCCAACUUCUGCCAGUGCUGUAAGCUCCUCUUCCGUUGUUACCUCAACUCCCUCUUCCACCACUUCAACUGUCCCGACGACUUCAGCUGUUGCAAGCUCCUCUUUGGCCGCCACUUCGACUGCCUCCUCCGCAACCUCAACCGUAACAUCCGGCACCUCAUGUGUUUGCACCGACUACUCUCAGAUCUCGGCAGCUGUCGCGUCCUGUACCAAUAUCGUUCUGUCUAACAUUGCUGCUCCUAAUGGAUCUGCAAUCGACCUCUCUGGGCUUCAGGCCGGCACCACCGUGACAUUUGAUGGACUGACGACUUUCGGUUUUACCAAUUCCUCCAGCUUCAAUCCCAUCACUAUCAGUGGCGCUGGUAUCACGGUCACCGCUAAUCCCGGAGCAGUCAUUGACGGCAAUGGACAGGCAUAUUGGGACGGUCUGGGCUCUAACGGAGGCGUUCCAAAACCCGAUCAUUUCAUUGUUGUCAAGAAGGUCACUGGGAACUCGGUGAUCAAGAAUCUGUACAUUCAGAACUGGCCCGUGCAUCUCUUCACCAUUUCUAGCUGCUCCGAUCUCGUUUUCCAGGACUUGACCCUGAAUAACACCGCAGGUAACGCUCCAAACAGCAGAAGCGGUACUUUGGCUGCUGCACACAACUCGGACGGCUUCGAUGUCAGCAGCUCCAGUAAUAUUGUGAUUCAGCGCAGUGUUGUCUACAACCAGGACGACUGCGUGGCGAUCACCAGCGGCAACAACAUGACUGUCUCCAACCUCGAGUGCCAUGGUGGUCACGGCCUCUCUAUCGGUUCCGUGGGCUUGAAGUCUAACAACAACGUGACCAACAUUCUGUUCACGGAUUCCUCUGUCUUCGACUCUGAGAAUGGCUGCCGGAUCAAGACCAACUACAAUGCGACUGGCUUUGUCGCCAACAUCACCUAUUCCAACAUCGCCCUACAAGGUAUCUCCACUUACGGCAUCGAUGUGCAGCAAGAUUACCUCAACGGUGGUCCAACUGGAAACCCCUCCAACGGUGUCCUCAUCGAGGGCCUUCUCUUCCAGAACGUGACUGGAGCUGCCACCUCUACUGCGCAGGACUACUACAUCCUCUGUGGAGACGGUUCUUGUUCCGACUUCACCUUCACCGACGUCUCCAUCACUGGUGGCUCCGUGGCCAAUAGUUGCAACUACCCGCCCAGUGGGUGCCCUUCCUGA